AUGGCCGUGUUGUCUCAAUUUUGUAAAGUAGCUCAUGUAAAAACAUUACAGAAGGCAUUUUUGCCAAUGUUUGAUUACAGCAUAACUGAAUUACGGCUCUGUGUUGGUGAUGUAGAUUUGCAGAAGAUCUAUUUAAAUACACGGACCUACGUGGAGCUCAGUAGCACAUUGGUGAAAGGCCAUACUGUUGGAAUCUCUUUUGUAAUGAAGUCAGCUCCUUUAGAAAAAGAUUGGGACCUGUCAGCUUUCCAGUCUGUUUCUCCCCUCAGGAGCCACUGGUCCCUGCUGCCACAGGACUUGCUUGCUGGCCUUGCUGUCUGUGCAGCCCAAGCUAAUCUUCCUUCCACUAUUUCUUUGUGUUACCAGCUCAGCAAAGGCAGCAGUAUUUGUAAUGACAAUGGAAGUAAAAGUAUAAUGCUGAUUAAUUUACUGAGAGUUGCCCCCUAUUUACCAAUAUUGAUCGAAGAUGGAGGCAAGGCAGCCUUGUCCCAGAAGAUGAGGACUGGUGAUGAGCUGGUGAAUAUUAACGGCACUCCAUUGUAUGGCUCCCGCCAAGAGGCCCUGAUCCUCAUCAAAGGCUCCUUUCGGAUUCUCAAGCUGAUUGUGAGGAGGAGAAACGCCCCUGUCAGUAGGCCGCACUCAUGGCAUGUGGCCAAGCUGCUGGAGGGAUGCCCUGAAGUGGCCACCACCAUGCAUUUCCCUUCUGAAGCCUUCAGCUUAUCCUGGCAUUCUGGUUGCAACGCAAGUGACGUGUGUGUGCAGUGGUGUCCCCUGUCCCGGCACUGUAGCACUGAGAAGAGCAGCUCCAUUGGCAGCAUGGAGAGCCUAGAACAACCAGGCCAAGCCUCCUAUGAGGGCCACCUUUUACCCAUUGACCAGAACAUGUACCCUAACCAGCGAGAUUCAGCUUACAGCUCCUUCUCGGCCAGCUCAAAUGCCUCUGACUGUGCUCUUUCUAUCAGGCCAGAGGAGCCAGUCUCUGCAGACUGUAUCACGCAAAGCCCAGGACCAAGUAAGGCUCCUAAUGACCGAUCCAAUGUGUCUGAGACCUCAGGAAGUAGCCAACGCACCAAUGGGGGCCACCUGACUCCCAGUUCUCAGCUGUCAUCCCGCCCACAGGAAGGUCACCACUCAGGGUCUUCCAAAGUGGUGAGAGGUCCACCACAACCUCCAGUGAGGCGGGAUAGCCUUCAGGCUUCCAGAGCCCAACUCUUCAAUGGAGAGCAGCGCAGGGCUUCUGAGCCUGUAGACUCCUUGCUGCUGAAGGAGAAAGCAAGCUUAGAGACAGUACUGUCCCCAAGGAACCCUAACCAAUUCCACUGCCUCAGCAGGCAAGAUCAAGUGACAGGUGAAGGCCAUCAGAACUGUGAGCUCAGCCAGACUCCUGAAUCUAGUGAGCAGGACUCUGAGCAUCUAUUGAUGGAGGCUUCUCCAAAAGCCUGUGACCAAACUUCAAGCAGAGAUCUCAGCCUGCGCAAUGAGAGGUCAGCAGAACUUGCUGACACCUCUCCCUUGAGGGGCCUACCAAACCUUACAGGACUCACAGGGCAUCGCCACAGUGCCCCUGAACAGCUUCUGGCAGCCCACCUGCAGCAUGUACACUUUGAUCCCAGGGGCAGCAAGGGGACAGAGCUAGCAACUGAGCAGGAUGAGCAUAAGUGGACUCUGUCCCCUUUGCACAGCAGCCAAAAAGGGAAAAACGGUCCAUGUGGCUCAAUAGGAGAAGCCUAUGACCAGCCCAGUAAAGAAAGAAAGACAAAGCCAAUGGAUGAUAAGCCUUUGGAUUCAGAACCCCAGAGCCAAAGCAGUUCUCCACAUGGAGAGGCUGAUGGACAUGUUCCAGAAAGAGAUUUCUUGGACCCCAGCAGAAGAGGCAAUGGAAUGGCCAGCCAGCAGCUCUCUGCCUCUGGCUCUCUCACUCAACAAACCAGAGACUGCUUUUCAACCACUAAAGGAGCUGGUAGCAUCAGGGCAAGUGAAGAAACGGACAAUGAGCCCAAGGAGAGUGGGAGAACAGGAGGUAAGAAGAGUGGAGCUCACCGUGGCCGCUCAAUCCAGAACCGGAGGAAGAGUGAGCGUUUUGCUACCAACCUUAGGAAUGAAAUUCAGAGGAGGAAAGCCCAGCUCCAGAAAAGCAAGAGCCCCUUGUCACAGUUGUGUGACACUAAGGAGCCAGUGGAAGAGACCCAGGAGCCACCACAAAGUCCUCCACUCCCUGCCUCUAACUCAUCUCUUCUAUCUUCAUAUAAAAAACCUCCUAGUCCUAGAGAGAAACUCUUCAACAGAAGCAUGAUGCUCAAGGCUAGAUCUUCAGAAUGCCUCAGCCAAGCCCCUGAGAGGCACGAGUCUAGGCUAAGCUUAGAGGAACAAGUAAGCCCUGGUCAGAGGCCUGGCCAGUCCUCCUCGGGCCUGAACACCUGGUGGAAAGCAACUGACUUAUCUCCCUCAGACUCCGAGAAAGCAAGUGCUCACUGUGGGGUCCGUAGUGGUCAGUGGAGAUGGUCUCCAGAGCAUAACUCACAGGCACAUGUGGCACUCGCCAUGGAAGGCCCUUCCAGCCCAAGAGACAACAAAGAAUUGAAGGUUACUACUGCCCAAGCUGGGGAGGAAGCCAUCCUUCUGCCCUUUGCAGACAGAAGAAAUUUCUUUGAAGAGAGUAGCAAAUCCUUAUCUACAUCUCAUUUGCCAGGUUUAACCACUCAUGGGAACAAGACUUUUACUCAGAGACCCAAACCUUUAGAUCAAAACUUCCAGUCAAUGAGCUCCAGCUACAGGGAAUUGAGGCGCCAUCCCAUGGACCAAUCAUAUCAUCCCACAGAUCAACCAUAUCAUGCCACAGACCAAUCAUAUCAUUCCAUGUCAUCUCUUCAGUCAGAAACUCCUGCAUACUCAGAAUGCUUUGCAAGCAAAAGUCUAGAAAAUACAGUGUGUUGCAAGCCACUGUGCUGUGGUGAUUUUGAUUACCACAGGACCUGUUCCUACUCCUGCAGUGUCCAGGGAGCUGUUGUUCAUGACCCUUGCAUUUAUUGUUCUGGAGAACUAUGUCCUGCCUUGCUAAAGAGAAAUAUGAUGCCUAACUGCUACAAUUGCAGGUGCCACCACCACCAGUGCAUUCGGUGUGCAUCUUGCUAUCAUAAUUCUCAGCACAGUACCCAUGAGGAUGGCAGCUUGCCACCUGGCAAUGCUUGGAAGCCCCGGAAGCCAGCAGUGCAGGAAUUUCCUGGGGACAAAUGGAAACCAAUAACAGGAAAUAGAAAGACUAGCCAGUCGGGGAGAGAAAUGGCUCAUUCUAAGGGAAGCCUUUCGUGGACGAACACCUUCCAUCCCUGCCUUGAGAACCCAGCACUGGACUUCUCAAGCCACCGAGCAGUUUCUUCCCUUGACCUUCUAGGAGACUUCAAACAUUCCUUGAAGACAGCAGAAGAAACUUCUGUGUAUGAGGAGGACAGCCAUCUGGCCUCCAUGCCCCGCCCACUGCGUAGCCGGGCCUUCUCUGAAAGUCACAUCAGCUUGGAGCCCCAAGGUGUCCGGGUUUGGGGUCAGCAUCGCAAGGAGCCCUUUCCGAAAGCUGAUGAGACUCAGCCAGAUCCUCUAGGAGCCAGGAAGAAACCUUUUCCUCCUCCUCGCCCUCCUCCUCCCAACUGGGAGAAGUACAGGCUCUUCCGGGCAGCCCAGCAACAGAAGCAACAGAAGCAGCAGCAGAUGCAGAUGCAACUACAGCAGCAAGAAGAGGAGGAGGAGGAAGAGGAAGAAGAAGGAGGAAGAGAGGCGGGAGAAGAGGAGGAGGAGCUGCCUCCCCAGUAUUUCAGUUCAGAAACCACUGGCUUGUGUGCUGUCAAUCGCGAAGAAGCCCUGGAACAGCCAAAAUCCUUGCGGCUUGGCGACCUGGAGACCUCAAGACGGGGUUCCCAAAGCUUCCCAGAGUCAGAGUCCUAUGCUCCUCAUUCCAGCAAUCUCCUGCCUCCAGUAAGGGGCCACUCAGGAUCUCAACCUGAGCAGGCCCACCCUCCUUGCUAUUAUGGCGCUGGUGGACUAUGGAAGGCAUCAGAGAAAGAAGCCAUGGAUUCCCCUAAGCCUGAAGCUUCAAUGGCAGAAGAAACCAAAUCCAAGCCAGCAUGUUACCAGAAUUUCUUCUUUCCUGGAGAGAAAUUCUCUUGCACAGGCUGGAGCCCUGAGAAGCAGCACCUUGGCUCCACUGGCUUCAAUGAACCCAAGACAACAAGACAAGACUUUCAGCACUUCUCGCCUCCUCUAGGAGCCCCUGGGAUCCCAACCUCUUAUUCUGCUUAUUACAAUAUUUCUGUAGCCAAGGCAGAGCUGCUGAACAAGUUAAAAGACCAACCUGAAAUGGCAGAGAUAGGCCUGGGAGAGGAGGAAGUUGACCAUGAACUGGCUCAAAAAAAGAUACAGCUUAUUGAAAGCAUUGGCCGAAAACUGUCUGUCCUGCGGGAGGCCCAGCGAGGUCUAAUGGAGGAUAUCAAUGGGAAUUCUGCCCUUGGAGAGGAGGUGGAGACCAACUUAAAAGCUGUCUGCAAAUCUAAUGAGUUUGAAAAAUACCGCUUGUUUAUUGGGGACCUAGACAAAGUGGUCAAUCUGUUGCUGUCACUCUCUGGACGACUGGCACGGGUGGAGAAUGCUCUCAACAGUAUUGAUUCAGGAGCCAACCAAGAAAAGCUGGUGCUGAUUGAGAAGAAGCAGCAGCUGACCAGCCAGUUGGCAGAUGCCAAGGAGUUGAAGGAACAUGUGGACCGCCGGGAGAAGUUGGUGUUUGGCAUGGUCUCACGAUACCUGCCUCAGGACCAGCUUCAAGAUUACCAGCAUUUUGUCAAGAUGAAAUCAGCUCUCAUCAUUGAACAGAGAGAGCUGGAGGAGAAGAUCAAACUUGGGGAAGAGCAGCUCAAAUGUCUCAGGGAGAGCCUACUCCUGGGGCCUAGCAAUUUCUAGUCCAACCAGCAGGCUGCCAUAGCAUCCCAGUGGGAAAUGCUUUCAAUCUUCAGUCCAGCUAUGUUAGCAAGUACAUAGCAGUUAGAUUGUUCCAGCCCUCUACUUUGGAUGUCUCGCAUGGUCUUUUUCCUAGCAUUGCUCCCAAAGAGCUAGGAGACCUUGGAGAGGCACCAAGCUUCUACGCAAGGUAGCUGCUGCCUUGUGUGAUCACUCAGCCACACUUUCCCACAGUAAUAUGGGCCAGCACUUGCUGCCCACGGAACCAACCAAGUGCCUUUAUUUUUCUCUGUAUGAGGACACCAAAGACAUCAUGAACUUACCACCCACCCACACCAUAAUCAGCUGCUUUCAGGCUCAGAGAGUAACUGCCUGUGCAGCUUCUGCUGCACCAGGGAGUCAUGACCCCACUGUUAGCCACAGACAACCAGCUGACUUGUGGGCAUUCACCUACCAGCAUUUCAGGGCCUCAUCCAAGCUUUGCAAGGGGACUGCAUGGAACAGAAUACAAGCAAAAUUGAGGUAUCACCAGGUGAAGUGGCCAGGGGUAAAUUGGUUCCAGUUCUACCUUUCCCCAGCAGCUAGUUAAAGAGAGCCCUGGCUGGGGUCGUGUUUCUCAUUCUGUCCUUGUAUGGCAUUGCUUGGAGUUACAAGCAUGUCCUCCAUGGUUGCACACUAGGAACCUUUACUAGCUCAACUACAGUUGACUUCUGGAUAUAGGUUUCUUUUGGAGGAUGGGAGUGGGGAGGGCUCUUAUUAUAUUUGAAAUGGCAUCUCGAUUUUUAUUUAUUUUUAUGUUUUGAUUGUUUUUGUUCUGUUUUGUUUGUUUUUUUUUCUUUUUAAACUAAUAUGGCAAGAAGAGGGAAGUUGGAGAGGGAAAAGUUAGCCCAGAAGGAAAGUGUUAUCUGUAGUUUAGCCUCAAUCCACCCUGUCUUAGGUAAGCAAGUGCCAAGGCAUUAAAUUCUUCCCACCAUAACCACACGUGUCUUAAGAAAGGGGUUUUCCUAUUGAACUCAGAACCUCCCAACCAUGGCCUGGCUCUGUACCUCUUGAAAUCUGAGUGACCAUGAGCUUAGCAUUCCUGAGCAAAGUUCAACUUUUUUUCCCAAAGUAUUUUUUGAAACCAAAGAAAUCUAAAACUGACAAAGGUCACUCCUUUCGCUACUGUCUCCAAACCAUGGGAUGAGUUGGAAGCAAACUCAGGAGGUCCUCUUCUAACAACAAACUGGUUUCUCAGCCUAUGGCCUGGAUCAUGGAACUAAAAUUAUGAUGGUUGGGAAUUAUAGCCAGGGCCAGACCUGAGAGAAAAUGAUGAGCCAGCUAUUAGACCCUCUUAUCCUCGGGGUAUAUUUAAAGACCUUCCACUGGAUGCCUGAACCAAACCUUAUACUUACCAUCACAACACUCAAUCUGACAACUGAGAGGGUUGCUAAAUGGUUAAUGGGAGGAUACCCCAAACAGCCAAGUAUACACUGAACAAAGGGAUGACUCAUGUUUUACGAUUCAUGUUCAAAUUUGUUUCUAGGAUAGAGUAAGAUAGGGUCAAAUUUCAUCACACUACUCAUAAAGGAACACAAUUGAAAGCGUAUACAUUGCUUAUCCAUUUAAUAUUUUUACAUCAUGGUUUAUCACCACAGGUAACUGAAACCAUGGAAAGAUGAGGUGUGUGUGGGGGGGUGGAUUACUGUACAAAUAACUAAAGCUGCUGCUAUUUCCCAGAUCCUGACACUAGUAACCAGCUUCUAUCCUGGAAAAGCACUCAGGUGGGCAAUGGCAGGAGGGGAUUGUAACUAAACUCUCUUCUGUUUUCUAGCUUAAUUUCUUGUUCCUUGCUGAAGUGGGGCCUGUUCUUAGUGUUAUACAACCCAUCUAAAUCCAGCAUGGCCAAGCCCCACUGCAGUAUCUCUUCUUGUUACUGCUAAGUUCCUCGGGGUCCUUGCAGGUUCACUGUAGUAGCAGGGAGACCUUAUUCAAACCAAAGAAUUUGUCAAGGAACUUUGCUGCUGCUACAAAUACUGAUCACUAGCUUCCAUUUCCUCUACAUUGUGUCUGAAAUCAAUAGGAGAAUUUUGGCCAGCAGGGUGUCUGGGAGGUGUGGUAACCCUGUUUAUGGGAUUCUUGAGUAUGCUUUUAGUACGGCCCUCACUGCUAGAACCACUGUUAGAACCCAUUCUCCCCUGAAGUGGAAGAUUCUAGAAAGACUAGUAGCUUGUAAAAUACAACAUCUACUCAAAGGAAGGAUGAGGAAAUGCAAGAGUGCUUUGAACAUAGAAUAUAGUUGCUUAAAAAAAUAAACAGGUCCAGGACAAACAAGAAACAAAGUGAAAUGUAUGGGGGAAGAGACCAGUGUGUGCUAUUGUCCUAAGAUUUCUUUUGACUAUAAUAUGGGAAUUUGGGGGAAUAUGGGCCUAGUGAAAAGGGAAACUUCUUAUGAGGACAUCAUGGCCAUAAUGUCAGUGUUUAUAGUCAUGGUUAAAUUGAUGAUACCUUAAGUUUAUGAUACCAAAAACAUGAUGAAUUGCAUGUGUCUGUGUAUGUAUGUAUGUAUGUAUUUAUGUAUGUAUAUAUUGAUGGGGGUGGGACUCAGUGUCUUGUGCAUGCCAAGCAAGCACUCUACCACUGAGCUACAGCCCCAGCCCUAACUCUGGUAUUAUUGGCAUUCAUCCCAACCUCAAAUUCGUUUCUAGGGUUGUAGUUACAACACAAAAAUACUUAGUUUCCAAAGCAUUUAAAAUAUAUUUUCAAGACUAGCUAGAUGCUGGUGACUCAUGCCUGUAAUCCUAGCUACUCAGGAAGCUGAGAUCUGAAGAUCAUAGAUCAAUGCCAGUCCAGCUAGAAAAAGUUAAUGACAUUCUUCAAGCUGCCGGUGUUACUUGUGCUAGUGCAUCUCUUCCUAUUCUGUUUCUAGGCUCAGGCCUUCCUCUAAGGCCUCUGAGGGCAUAGCAGUUUGAAGGCAGGUUAAAGGAUUUCUCCAAAGGGGAAAUCCUUACAUAAGCCCCAUUGAGAAAUAGUUAAGCAGGGAGGUAGGUAGCUAGAAAGAAGUGAGCAAGAUUCCUAUUAUAUGUUCCCUCAUUCUUCCCCCACUUCCCAAACUGAAUAAUUGAGUCACCUUGAGACUCAAUAGCUGGAGACUAAGGCAGGAUAUAGAAGUGCAAUCUAAGAGAAUAAGACAAACACUGAAAUUAAAGCAAUAGAAAGGGAGAGAUUAAAUGUGGAGGAAUGGAGAGAGGGUCAAAAGUCAAAAGCCUCUCUCGGGGCAAUGUCAGAUUGUAUUUUCUGUGUAACUUUAUAUGCCAAAAAAGCCACCCAUGAGCACCAGAGCCACAUCCUGAACUCCAGCUUCCCUGAAGGUGCUGCUCUGCCAGUAACAGGCCCUCGAUGGAGGAAUCUGGGUACAUUCUGGCCAUUUCCACCCAUCGAAAGCUUGACAACUCCUGCUGUCUUUGCCAAGGGAGUUGUUGAUGCCAAUAAUAUUUCUGUAACAGCAUAUUAUAUAAUUUGAAGAUUAGUUGAUCUUUAGGGGGGUGGGGUGGGGCCAUUUGUAUAGAUAAAGAACAAGUGUUUGUUGUACAACUUUGGGGGGGGGCAUUUAUCCAAUGUGAAGGUAUUUUUUUUCCUAAAUCUUAUUGUUUCUGAAUUUGUGUCCUCCACCAUGCCCAUCUUGGCUGACGUAGAUAUAUGCCUGCCAGGUUGUCACCACGGGUCAUACUUAAAUAAAAGGUGCUAAGGACAAAAGGAAUUGUCUCAUGUGUUUUGACUUAGGUAAUGAAAAUCCCUUAAUUUUUUAAAUAAGUUUUUUAUUGUGA